CCAAAGUAGAUAUGUAUGGUGCAACAUGUUUCCAGUGUCCAAAAUGUAGAAGAUGGUUUUUGCAGCUUGUACUCCUUUUUGUCUUCUCUCUCCCAAUACCCCCAAAGCAAACUCCAACUAGUUAAACAACUAGUAUUGUUUUCUGCUUAGCUCUCUUACUAUAAAUUCAUGCUCUCUCCAACUUUCAUAGUGUGGUGUUUUAUAAGUUAUGGAUUUUGGUGGGUUGAUCACAAUGGAAUCCAUAACUUCAACUGCUCAACAAUCUCAGACUACUAAUGGAUCUGAGAGAUCUAGGCCUUGUGAUAACAACAUUUGGAGACUCUCUAAAGUCCCUAAAUCUGCACAUGACUUCUCUGCCUUUUGUAAACAACAAGCCCCUACUCCUACUCUUCCUAAUUUGUUUAUGAGAUCUGAUUCCCCAAAUGAGGGACGUGCUCAAUCUACUAUGCUAAGUUUUUCAUCCCACAAGUCUGAAGAAAUCCCAUUUCUUUCUACCAAUAAUUUUUCUGCUUUACCAUUGUUUGAUUCUGGAUCCUACAACACCAGACCUGCUUCAGCUUAUGUCUCUGGAGGAUCAAAUGAAAGCACGCCUGGCUCUUUUGCCAAGUUCAGAGGUCCAUUCACUCCUUCACAGUGGAUGGAGCUGGAACAUCAGGCUUUGAUCUACAAGCAUUUCGUGGCAAAUAUCCCGGUCCCUCACCAGUUGCUUAUUCCUAUUAGGAAGUCUCUGAACCCAUAUGCAUUUUCUGGCUUGUCCGCUCAACCCUAUGCCUCCAAUUGGGGAUGGGGUACUUUCCAUCUUGGUUUCGCUGGAAACACCGAUCCCGAGCCUGGUAGGUGUCGUCGAACAGAUGGAAAGAAAUGGCGGUGCUCGCGAGAAGCCGUCCCUGAUCAGAAGUACUGUGAAAGACACAUAAAUAGAGGCCGCCAUCGUUCAAGAAAGCAUGUGGAAGUACAGAAUGCCCAUGCUGUCUGUGGAUCCACCACUUCAAAGGUGGCAUCAGUCACACCCUCCUCAUCAGCAACGGUGAUAUCCAACAGCCUUGGUGCUAUUCUGCACCAAUUCAAUACCUUGCAUCCGAGCACUGCCAAUCCUUCCACUGAGCAACUUGUCAACAGAAUGAAAGGUCAUAAAGGUGUCUCUGUGAUAUCUCCAACAAUUUGUGUGACGCCCAAGGACUCGGCUAUUUCAGUUCAAAAGCAACAUAAUGGAUUUGAACUAUCCUCGCAGAUGGAUUUUGGACUAGUCUCAUCAGAUUCCCUUCUUAAUCCUUCGCAAAGAAAUUCCUUUGUAAAUCCUAAGAAUCCUAUUGGUUUCCUAGAUUUCAUUGACCAAGAACAAAGUGAACAACAUCCAGUUCACCAUUUCAUUGAUGGAUGGACCAAGGAACAGUCGUCAGGUGCCUCUGCAUCUUGGCAAGAUCAACUAAAUUCAAACGGUACUCAACUGUCCAUGUCCAUUCCCAUGACUGCCUCAGAUUUCUCAUCAUCCUCAAGUUCUCCUCGCCAAGAGAAGCUCACUCUUUCACCAUUAAGGGUAUCUCGUGAUUUUGAUCGCAUCCAGAUGGGCUUAGGAAUGACAAGUAGCUAUGGUGAUCCUAUGCAAAAGACAGCUAAUUGGGUACCAGUAUCCUGGGGAAAUUCACUUGGUGGUCCAUUAGGAGAAGUCCUGAAUAGUACUGCAGGUAAUGCAGGAGAUGGCAAGAGUGUCUCAGCCUUGAACCUGGGAACAGAGGUUUUGGAUUACAGCCCUUCAUUUGGGUCAUCUCCCACAGGUGUCCUGCAGAAGUCAACCUUUGUUUCACUCUCAAACAGCAGUUCAGGGAGUAGUCCACGAGGUGACAGCAAGAAGGUUCGUGAGGGUAUUGGCAUGUGUGAUGAAGUGAUAGGCUCCACACCGGUGAGUUCUUUGUGUAUUCCUUCGUGUUUGAUUGAGAAAGACGCUAGCAGUGUGUACUCGACUGGUCCAGAACCGUAGAAAGUUACCUUGAUGGUUAUCUCUUUUUUAUCAAAGCAGAUACUUUCUAUAAGUAUGUCUUGUUGUAACGUAAAACAGACAUUUGAUGUGAACGUAUUUGUGAUUGUUACCUUGUUUUUUCCUGUAAAAUUAAUGUGGAACUCUCGUUAUCUUAAGAUUUUUCUUAUUGGAGGUUUAUAUAAAAGAAAAAGUUAUUUGCACA